AUGACGUGCGUCGACUGGAAGAAAAUAUUACAUGCCAUGCCUGCAACAUCGACCAACGAUGGCAAUGAUGAUGAUGACAUUAUGAGCGCAACAUUCGACAUUCAGGAUUUGUUGCAUCACAUCAUCUCAAAACUUUCACAUCGUAUGCAUGAUUUGAUAUCGAUUGGCAACUUUGAAUGGGCCUUGAACGACGCUGCAGCCAUACGAACGCUUGAUCACUCAUGCUUCGAUGGAUAUCUAUGUGCAGCAAAAGUGUAUCAUCAGCAAGACCAUCACGAAGCAGCGAUUGAGAUAUGCAAUGAAGGCUUACAAAUGAUUCAUCCAUCCGAUCCUGUCUAUGCUACUCUGUGCUCAAUGGUUACCAAAUUACCAAUGGAAGCGCGAGUCGACUUUAUAUCUUCAUUACCCAUGGACAUCACAAGUCGUAUUGCAUGGAUGAUAUUCACAAAGGGACAUCCUACCAAGAAUCCAAAGCAAUACCCAUGCCUGCAGGUCUCAAAAGUUUGGAACAAACGAUUACUGGAACCGUAUAACGCACUUGAAUUGCAUGUUGUCAAUAGCAACGGUUUUGACAAAUGGGAGCCGCACAUAGUACGUUACGGGCAUCACAUGACAUCUUUGACCAUCGAUGGGUGUACAUCGCCAUCAUACAAGUUGCUUGAGAAAACAAAGUUUGGUUCAUUGACAACGUUGUCAAUAAAAGAUACACCUCAGGAUAAAGACACCUAUAUGAUGGCAAGGUUACUACGCUCCUUGCAACAAAUGCCAACAACAUUGACAACACUCACGAUCAUUGCUCCGACAAUGUUACCUAUCGCUUCAAUACUCAAUUCAUUGCCCCAUUUGUCGUCAUUCGAAUGCUCUUCUAUUGCAGUGGACCCAAUCAUGUUGCAUUCGGCUUAUCUAAAGAUGGAAACUUUCAAGUUACGCUGCACGAUGUAUGCCGAUUAUGAGACUGCAUCAUGUAUCCUGCCUCGAUUUCCGUUCCUCCAGACACUCUUAUUUGACGCAAUCACCGAUCGAUUUCCAAAGAUCUUGACACAGCUACCCCAUUGGUGUCCUAGGCUACAGCACAUUAAUUUGGGAGCUGAGCAUAGUGCCAAGCAUCACAUGACACCUGGAGGUGUGACAAUUAUUCUAACAAUGAAAGAUGCAUCAUGCAUCAUGCAGCAGCGACAUCAUUGCGCUCUUAAAGCAUUAUGCAGCUGA